CUGAAAAAUUUAUAUCUGCUUGAUAAAGGUCAACAACGCCUAGACAUCUACUACAGACUCAAAGGAUCAGCUAGCAAUCGUUCGAGCCUAAACUGUCAAUUACCAGGUGGGCUGAUCAUUCGCUCCUUCAGUCUGUAG